CUCAGCGGCCUGUAAUCGAUGUACACAGUAAGAAGAUGCCUAAGAAGUUCAAAGGCGAGAACACUAAAGCCUCUGUUGCAAAAGAGAAGAAGGCUGCUGCCAGAAAUGAGGCUGACGAGAAAAAAAGUCGAGAGGAGGAGGAUGCCUACUGGAAAGAUGAUGACAAACAAGUAGCCAGAAAGCAAGAGCGAAUGAUGGAACGAGAGCGUAAGAGAAUAGAGCAGUUGGAGAAGAAGCAAGAAGCCAAGCGACUGUUGGAGGCCGAGGAAGCGUCUCUCCCAUCAAAAUCUAGCUCUGGAUCGACUAAACUAACCCGUGCUCAAAUAGAGGCCACACAGAGACAGCCUGUAGCAGCUGCAGCACCUCUACCCAAGGGAGUGACUGAGGGUCUGGUACUCGAGGAGAAUCCAAACCUUCUCUUGCGGCAAAGCCAAGCCGAGGGUGUACUAGAUGCUCGGACUGUAGAUGAAGCUCUUGUGGUGUUGGGAGGCCCACAAGGUGCCGUGGACAUGCAUCCAGAGAGACGACAGAAAGCUGCCUAUGCUGCAUUCGAGGAAAGAGAGUUACCACGUUUGAAAAAAGAGAACCCGAAUAUGAGACAGUCUCAAAUUAAGCAAAUGCUUCGUAAAGACUGGAUGAAGUCACCUGAAAAUCCUCUGAACCGACACUUCUCAUGACAUCUAAUGUCUUGUAUUGUGGUGCCUCUGGCGCUGUUUCUGUGGACGGCUGUGUUCAAGCCAUUGGUGGCUUGGUUCACAGGAAAGGGGGGAGAGAAGGCUGUCAAGGAUGGGGUCAAAUCCGAGGACACUAACUCAGAGCCAGAGCCAGAGCCUCUAAAGAAGGUCGAUGAUUCUGACCUCAGGCAUCGGACCCAAGCUGUGGCUGCUGAGAGCUCAUGAUAUCAAGUGUGGACACAUUGAAACUAUGAUUACAUGACGAUAUUCAUCGAACCUUGACUUAUUUUCAAGAGGUGUUUAUCUGAUGACUUAUCAUCCUCUUCAUUGUGUUCUGCUUAAUAUUAAUAUUUAACGUUGUUUUUAUUUCCCAUGGUUAACUUAUUUUCCAUAUUUAAUUGCUUUCACUGUUAAUUAUUCUGAAAAGACUG